UCAAUGUCUCGGCGACAAUGCUCAGGAAAUGGUUCAUCGCGUUAUCUGGCAGGAAGAGCGCGCUUUGUAGGAGGAGCGCAUUGUCCAGUCAUCGGCUCGCUGCGGAGUGCGUGGACGCAACUACACUCACAGCUCUGUCUUCAUCACUCGCGACUGUGGCCGUAAUGUCUUAUUGUUUUAUAACACUAUAAUGAUCAUGCCAACCAUUCAUCUUCGUUAAUUUCUCUUGCUAUAGUAUGUCCACCUUCAAAUUAGUCGUGUAAUACGACAUAACUAACACGUUUGUUACCUACAUAAUAAACACCCGUGCCCGACGGCUCAUUACAACCUUUCAAUCCAAAUAUUUUGCUCCCGGACUUUCACCCCUGUAUAAUGUGUGAGGGGCGACAGACUGGCGCCAGCAAGUCUACAUGGCGGCCAAGCGACCUCAUCUCCCGAGCUGCGUCAGUCGCGCGUCGGGACCCGCCCUCUACGCUUUACCAUGGACAUAAUCCACGGUGUUUUUGUUUACGUAUUUAUUGUCAAUGUUUGUGUUGUCGCAAGAGGUGGUCACGGAGGACAUGGAGGGUCUCAUGGAUCGCACGGAUCAUAUGGAUCACAUGGAUCAUACGGAUCACAUGGUCACUCGUCAUACCACGGCUCGCACGGUCAUCAUGUGACCGCGAGUCACACCCACUACACGUACCAUCCACCUAGACACGUAAUGUACACAUGUCGUCACUGCUCAUCUACGGAGAUGUAUCCUGUGUACAGACCCAUGCCACCGACGUAUGUAUACAUGUACAAAGAAUCCGGCAGCAGGUACGCAGACAUACUCACUGGUUUGUCUUUGUACAACCUGGGACGUUCCACCAGCAUGGGCUGGGCUCGGUCACACGAAUACUACGCUCAGCCCGGAGAAAGGUGUUCUCUACAAAUCAUCGAAAGGUCACAUUUUGAGGAGACAGAGUUUCCAUGUUUUAUGAUAUCUUCGUUCGUAGAAUCAACGGUUGCUAAAGGUAAUGAUAGUCGUCAGGUUGAUAUAUCGUCGUCGAAGAUAGAUGUGAAGCCAUUUUUGAAGGACAAUGGACCGGCGUUACAAGUGACAAAUGAGCAGGAGUGCGUGCUAUGGCAUAAUUUGACGAUGCAUAAAGAGAGGAAUCAUGUUCCUUGUGCGCUGUUGAAGGAAUACGCGAACACUGUGAGGCAGUCUGGUGUCCCCACGUACAUUUGGUUGCCCACUCUGUUAGGAACCAUCAUCGCUAUAUACUUGUGCUGUGCGUGUUUUUGUAGGAAGAAAGAGAAAGAGACUGUGAAGGAAGAGGCUCCACUUAAUGAGCUGCGUGUUCAGGGGUAUUGUUCUAAUUAUUGAUGUGGCCAUGUUGUGGUACUAAUUGAUGUUUAUCAGCUGCUUCUUACGGCCUGCUAUACUUGUAUGUAACUAAUAAAUGUGAUAAGCCAAUGUAUCUCUGUAUUGUGAUCAAUGUCCCCUAUUAUUCGAGUAAGAUAAUGAGCAUUGUGUGUAGUAGUAAGUAUAAUGUUUAACUAAUAACUGCCGCACUCAGAGACAUUUGACAAUGAUUACUUAAACUAUUCCUUAGUAACGAUUUUGUUCGGAAAACAAUUGCUAAGGACUGGUUUAAGUGACUAUUAAAUGACUCUGAGUGCGGUUAGUCCUGUUAUAUAUCAAGUAGUGUUUAUGUAUGACUUCAUAUCGCACAUAGAACCUAUGAUUUUUGUACUUAAGAAUAAGCAGUAGAUCCUGUUUGCGUGUAACUCAGUGAAUUAUCCUGCCAAGUGCCUGUCUUAUGAUUAGUUUAAGAGCGUGUAGGUUACCGAUUGUGUUAUAUUUAACUCCCAAUAAAUAAUAAACACUUUUA